AUGUGGAAUGAUGACCAGCAAAGUGGUGGGUCUAACACAUCCAGCAUCCCUGUAGGCCUUGAAGAUUUGUUGGUUUCUUAUUUGAGGCGUCCAACUCCUGAGAAGCCCUCUGAUCAAGACAAAGUGGAGGAGGGUCAGCAGACGAAAAAUGAGUCCCAAGAAUCACCUGAUACACUUCUCGAAGAGUUACGUGAUGAGGUUCUUUCAGGCCAACAGGGACUGGUGGCGCCACCGCCACCUGCAACCAUCGAACCACAAAAUGAUGGAGACAUACACCCUGAGUUCCUUGCAGCACUUCCUCCAGACAUUCAGGCAAAAGUUUUGGCACAGCAACAAGCACAAGGGGCUCACCGAGCCCAAGAAUUGGAAGGUCAACCCGUGGAGAUAGAUAUUGUAUCCAUAAUAGCCACAUUCCAUUCAGAACUAAGGGAAGAGGUUCUUUUAACAUCAUCCGAUGCGGUUCUUGCUAAUCUGACACCUACUCUUGUUGCGAAGGCAAAUAUGUUGCGAGAGAGGUUUGCACAUCGUUAUAUCGGACACUAUUUGGUAUGUUCCCAAGAAGUAGGAGGGAUGAGUCUUCUAGAAGAGGGGAAGGAGAUGGAUCCAACAUGGAUAGAAGAGGUGGGAUCAUUACCUAUAGGUCAAGUGGAAGUAAGCCUGUUGAAACUGAUGGAGCCCCUCUAG